UGCUGCCCUCUUGACAAAUUAUGUAGUAAAGCGCCACGCCAAAAUUAACAUACCAAUAGACAACCUCUCAGUAGAAACAUUAGUUUACGAACGAAGGAAGAUUACAGCUGAACAACUUCUCUCCAAGCUCAAUUAUACUGUCUUGGACCAGGAGUUCAUACAACAAAGGAUUGUCGUGUUUUAGGAGCAACGCUCACAGGAUUUAAUUCGCUGAAAGUCCCCGCCAAUUUUUGAUAUACAAAGAGAAGCUGAAAACGCUGAAGCUCGCCAUACCGUGAAAGAAUCUGGUUGUUUUGUUAGAUCGUUUCGAGGAGCUUAUUCCCGACGAAAUAUGGCUGAAUUAGAAACAAGGAAGGUAGAAAAUUGGACGAAUGAAGCUCGGAAAGCUGGGCUUAGCGAUAACGGGAAAACAAACGAUAAACCUGAUGUUGUUUUGAAACUUGAAGAUGAAGAAAAUAUCUCAUCUUGUCAAGAAAGUUCUCCAAAGAGCAGACGAAAAAUCAGUAAACCGAAGCACUACAAACCUACCACGAAUGGUGAGGACAAUGGGGUACAUAAUGGGAUCUCACAAACACCUCAAGAUCUCAAUGGAUCCGCUGGCAGUCCCGAAAGCGUUGUUCCAGACGAGAGGGGUAAAAGCCUUCCUCAAGAUGCCGUACACGUGAUGGCCGCGAUUCAGGGCGAGAAACAUCCAGCACCUAGUCCAUCGAAACGCACGACCAACACUCAGAAACCCAAACGAGCACCAGCCGUCAAGUCGUCGAAUAAAAAAGCGAAACACGACACCCCGACAGUCCCUCGCAAGCCUGAAGAUUUAAUUAAAGAGGCUAUGAUGCAAGGCCAGAAAGCCCCGCAGGCGAGCAAGCGGGAUGCACAGUAUCGAAAGUCGUACGCUUAUAAGAUCUGGAAAGAAAGAGGAAGCCAGGAGGUUAAAGGUGUAAGCGAGGAAAACAAUCCAAUUGCUGGUGUGAAAAAUAAACUGCCACCAGGUCCACUACAAAACCAAGCCAGGGCGGCUUUUUACUGGCCCGGAAACCAAUACAAAAGCACUACUCCACCUGGUUUUUUUGCAAAUGGAAAAUAUUACGCCAUUAAUCCACAAAUGGUCCCUGCAGUACACGGAAUAUCCCAGUUGCCACCUACAGUUCCUCCUGUCAGCGUACCAACGAGUGCACUCGCUAUCCAAAACUCUAGAUCACUCAUCCAAAGUUCUACCCCCAGCGUUGUCUCACCCGGUGGACUUAAUCCCCGAUAUGCCGGAAUGACCACAAGUUCCGCCGGUGAAGCUCCUAAAAGCAAAGUAGUACCUCCAAAUGUUACUGUUGUAUCACAAUACCCGAAAGAAAUGUCACGAAUUCCAAAACCUGCAAUCAAAUCCCCAGGAGUGAAAACCCCGCCGCCAAUAUCGAAAGCACUGAGUGGCACUAAAUGCGUAUCGCCUGUACCAGUCCCUCAAAUCGACACGGCGAUAAGUUCGCCAAAUGAAAAUGGUUUUACGGCCAAAACUCCAGAAACAACCGAAACGAAAGAGAAUACUUUUUCAACAACUCCAAGUAAUCUUGUUUCCCUAAUGAAAACAUCUCUUCGACAAAAGCAUUCAAAAGAAAACGUUCAACCGUUGCCAAAUAUGUUUAAAUCUAAACGCAAACUAGAAACGGACAAAAACGACGGGCCGGCGACCAAAAAGAGCGGAAAGCCGACUAUUUUCACGCCUCUCAACGAACAGGAGGCAGAAAAAUUGGCGAAUGACAUAUAUGAUGUGAAUUUAGAAUAUUUUCCUUUUCAAACACUCGCUGAAAAAGCGGCGCAAAGCGAGGAAGCACUGCCAGAAACGCCAGAGAGACCGAAAAAGUCGAAUAAAGUGAAAGAAAUUGAAAAAGUCAGAUGUCUACUCAAGGAUUUCUACGACGUUACAUUCUCUUGCACAGAAGACCCCGACAUGCAGAAAUUUGACUCAGCCUCUCGGAAAUUUGGUCGCAAAAAUAUUCUCAACCAUUUGUCUCUCUUGGAUCGAUACUUUGCCGAACUGCAAAAGAAAUUAGACGCAUGAUUUAAUUCCCAUGUAUAUAUGUUGAGUGAAUCAAGAGACGUUUAAUCACAAAUCACAAAAUGGACACCCGCACUAUUCAGGUCUACUUGUUUAUGAGUCGCAUUUUGGUCGUGUUCAACUGAUCAGAUUCUGAGCUGAGGAAGUGGGGCUGUAGGUGCCCUGCCAUUCCUCUUUCAUUUGGUAUGACUACGGUUGACUGAUCUCCUCUCCCUUAGAAAUUGAAUUCUAGUUCCGGGUAUAUGUCUAAUGAAACUAAGAAGAUAGCUGAUAGAUUGUCAUAGUUGACAUGAAUAUGACCAAAAUGUGACGAACGGCUGAUGAAAGGGGGUAGAUUUGUUACUUCACUAAUUAAUCUUGUAUUUUUCUGCAAAAUGGAGGGUUGUAGUAGAAUUUCCCUGCUUUCCGGUUGUGUAAAGAGGGAGUAAACUGUUAACUAUAGUCAAGAGUGCCGAAGCCACCCAGUUGGGGGCAGCUGCCCCGGUGGUUCCGGCCCUCCUGACUAUACUAAGUUGGUGAUCGUCUCCACCAGUCAAAAUUGUUAAUUUUGGAGGUAACUAUUACUUAACUACAUAAAAUGAGGUCGAACGUUUUACCGACAAUCAGCCCCGAAAAAAAUAAAAGAAAGAGAAAUAAGAUUGAGGACAUGGUGAAAACCCAAUUCUUUCACUUCGUCUUCGACUCUUGAACAGAUAAUAUUUGUAAAUACUUGUCACUCGAUGCAAUUGCAAUUCGAUAUCCUAGGGUUUUGAACUGAUUAGCUCAAAACUGUUAGUAAUAGUAAUGGAAUUAUUUAGAUCGCAUACAAAAACACAUAGAACACACGUAACAUUUUGUAGGACAUUAAAUGGUAUAUAUUGUACUGAAAUAUUUUGAGUGCAUGAAAUUAUUGUUAAAUAUACGUUAAAUCUCGCAUAUAAGAGCUUUUUGAAUUAUUGCAUAUAUUAUAUUAUAAUUAUUAUUUUACCGUUUGAGCAAGUGAUUGUAAUUAGUCUCGAAAACAGGAUUCUUCACGACUCCACCAUUAUAACGAACUCGUGUUCAUUCUAGGUUGACUACCUGGCCAGUUGUAUAAAAGACUAGUUAACUUUUAACUGUAGUUAAAGACAGAAUUUGC